AGAAAGAUUCCAUCGUUGUGGAACGCUGGUUGUGUUUGGUGCCGUGUCGUUGUUGUUGUUGUUUGUCAGUGAACGCAGCUGCACUUUCGUUCGCAUUGUGCUUUAUUAGCUCGCUGCAUCAAUACGAACGCGUGGGCGCCUCCUAGUGCAUGACAUUGAUGCUACAUCUUUCAGUCUCGGACAUCAUCGUAUACCCGUUUUUUUUUUCGAAAGGACUAGGGUAGUGGUGCGUCCGACAGUGGUUUGGUGGGCGCCAAGUCUAGUAACAGCGGUGGUGUAAAAGUGUAAUCAACAGUGGGCGAAAGGAGGAAAAGAGCAAAAACUGACUCGUGCGUUCCUGACCAGCUUCUUCCACGUCCCACUGUGUCAAACCCGUGUGGCUCUCGAUCACUAGUGUUUCUUUUCUUUCUGCUUAGUGUAUGUGUACGCGUUUGCCAGUUGUGCCCUUCCUUACAAGCCGCGGAACGGAGGGUACUGCUGUGUGAAAAGGUGUACCUUCGAUGAUGCCCACUGGGGAAAACAAAACGAAAAGAAAACGAAAAAACAACGAAGUGUCACAGAGUCGUUGUGAACCUAUCUGGCACGAGGUUCGUUGUGGUAUCUUUGGCUACUUAGCGGUGGCUGGAUGAAAGGUGAAGGCAAAGUGUGAAACUUAUAGUGCCGCAAGUUGUGGUCUGAGUGGAUAAAAGGGAUGAUUACUUGUAGGAAACAAGAAAACAAGCACGUGUCGCGAUGUAAAUGACGUAUCUGGCAUGUUGUACUUCACGGAAGAGCAAGAGUUGCAAAGCUGUAAAGUGCAACAGCAACUCAUCAGAAGACAACCUGCAGCGCUGGAAAUGGUAUUUCGCGUCUCAUGAGGAUAGUUAAGUGAGGAAAGAUGAUAGUAGUGUGUGAGCACGUGUGUAUUACGCCUGGAUGUCAUUAAUGUCUCGUAGUUCUUACCAUUGUGAUUCCGGGUUCCUCCAGUGCUGUGUGUUAAGAUGUGGUCCUGUCGUUCGUUUUAAAACCGUACAAAGUGUGUGUGUGUCGUUUUGUAGUGAAACGCGCUCAGUAGACGACCAAUGGCGUCGUACUGAGGUAAUAAGGGAAGAGAAAACACGUGUAGCGAAUUGGAACAAAGAACAACAUGGUGACGACGAUCAAAAUUACCGGCGACGGUGUGUUUAUCCAGUCCAAUGGAGGUGUUGGGGGAGGUGGUGCUGGUGGGCCAAGACUACAGCAGCAGCAACAGCAACAGCAGCUCCUUACAACUGCUGACACCCUUGGUAGCACUGCCAUUGGAGAAGCAAAUCUACCACCUGUGAACGGAACGGUGCAUAACAGCAACGGAUCCCUGGACACGGUAGACAGUGCCGGCAUCAGCGAUACGAACAACAAUCACAAAGGCUACCGCAACUUCAACCAUCGCCGGUACCAGUCGGACGAAGGGCCCGGUUUCAUCGGGGUGCGUAAUGGCAAAUCGGAACGGGCUGCUAAUGGUGGAUCGUCCGGUUCUUCGAUCGAGAUGGCGUCGGGUGAAAGUGACGAUACGAUCGGCGAUCCCGAUUCGAGCCGCAAGCGAGACAAGUUUACGAUUUCAUUCCUGAACACGCAUCGCUCCAGUGGCGGUGGACUGCAGAACGGUGGCCACGUGAAGAGCAUGCUCAAUCACAAGUUCAUCGUGUACAACAGCAAAAAGCCAAAGACCUCCUCGGUGCUUCACCAACAGUACUACCAGCAGAGCAUGGCGGCUGCCGCCGAUCUUGGCAAUGGUAGCGGUGCGUCGUCACCGCUUCCAAUGCCGUACCAGAGCCACUACCAGCAGUACCUGUACAAUCGGCUACGGCCAUCCCUGUCGACCUCGGUGUUAAGUUCACCGUCACUGAUUAGUGGCACGGCAGCUGCGAUUGGCAAUUCCUCGCCACUCGGACGUUCCGCGGAACGGGAUCAGAUCGAGCAACAGCACCAGCUUUAUCAGAACAGUCUGUUCCAUCAGCAGCACCGUGCACUGCUUGGAACUCCACCGGCAGCCGUACCAGGGUGGGCUAAGUCCACUUCCUGUCUGGUGACGGACAGUGCAGUAGCAGCAAGUUCCUCCUACAGAACUGUCACCGCAUCGCCGUUACUGUUGCUUCCCGCGCAACCUACGAGAAAUGCACCACAACCUCACGUAACCACUUCUCGGCCUGUACCGAUCUCUUCCUCCAUAUCGUCACUGUCCUCAUCGCCGUCUUCGUUCUCUGCCAGCUCGCCACCAACGUCCGGUGCGAGUUCAUCGUCCAACACACCUCCACCACCAGUGCCGGGUGAAGCUGCAACACCUCCCAAUGCAACUGUGCCACCAACCACCUCCACUGCGUCCGUGCCGUCAACCUGCAGUUCCCCGACACCAUCGACAACGUUACCUGUCGCAGCAAAGACACCAACGCCACCACCAACAAGUACAACAGCGCCAUCCACACCGACGCACUCAUCGCCGUCACCCUCAUCAACGUCAAAUCUUGAUGUCGAUGUGAGGGGUGUUCCACGGUUCGAUCGCAGCACCAAACCGGCAGCAUCCGUCAUCGGCAGCGAUCAGCAGCAGCAGCAGCAGCACCAUCCGAAACGGUUUCAGCACCAGCAACGAUCAUUCGAUCUACAGCACUCGGAGUCUGCGUGUGAACAGCAGCAGCAGCAGCAGCCGCAGCAGGAAGGAGAAGAGGACAGUUUGCUAGUUUCGCGCCGCAACUCCACCGGAAGCAGCGUGGCGCUGAACGGAAUGAACAGCCACACGGCGGCAAUCAAUCUGCAGCAUCCGGGCACGGGACAGACGGCUGUGGUUGGUCACCAUCGAGGCUUCUCGUCGACGGUCGUUGCCGCCGCCAACUCUGCAGCCGCUUCCGCCUCCACCACCGACUGUCCAUGGUUUUUGCCGCAUCAGAUGCCUCCUCCGCCGACGGCACCGGCCCGCCAGCACAAGCGGCCCGCACCGCAACCCGGCGGUGGCGUCAGUGGCGGAGGCGGAGGUCCCGGCAAUCACAUGCAACCGCCGCAGUUCAUUAGCCCACCUCCAGCACCACAGCAGCAGCAGCAGCAGCAGCAUCACCAACAGCAGCAGCCGCUACAGCAACAUAGUCAGCAGCCAGCAAUCGUGCCGCCACCGCAAUUACCUCCACACACCGUUAACCCGAGUCUCAGUUCCAUCCACCAUCCGGUGCAGCAGCUGGUUGCGCCACCGCAGUCAGCACAGUCACAUCAGCCACCGAUACCGCCCCAUCCAGCGGUACACCACAUACCAAAAUCUCCCAACCAGCAUCAUCCACCGCAGCAGCAGCUGACGAUGCAGACAGCCGCGGUACAACAGCACAAUCCAGCAGGGACGUCAGCGGUUGGUGGCGUGCUGACCAACAACAAUCACCAUCCUACGGGACCAUCCACCACCGGCAGUAGCGCAACAGGCGGACCACCGACGACUGUGACGGGCAAUCCCGCUGCCAGCCUGAUGUCAGCUUCGAUGAACAGUGCGCAGUUACAGGGACACAUUCUUCAACCGGUUGGUGGUCUUACCGGUUCGGCACUUUCCCUCCAACAGCAGCAGCAGCAGCAGCAGCAGCAACAACAGUCAUCAAUGCCACAAGCAGCACAACAGGUGCACCACAUGUCCAACUCGUUGCACGGUCCAAUCGGUAUCCCGUCGGUAGUGGUCCCGCCAGCCGGUCACGAUGGUAGCAAUGGUGUCGGAGGACCCACUCCCGGCUGGAACUGUGUCCCGGUAGGACUAUCCUCACCGACCACCUCAGCGGCAGCGGCAGCCCAGCGGAGAGCGGAAGUGAAUGCGAAACUAAACGCCAUGCCCUGGUUCCAUGGGCGAAUAAAACGGGAAGAGGCCGAAUCGUUGCUGAAACCUCGCGAAGAUGGAUUGUUUUUGGUGCGCGAAUCCACCAACUUCCCUGGUGAUUACACGCUCUGUGUAUGCUUUAACGAGAAGGUUGAGCACUAUCGCAUAAAGUACGUGGACAACAAGCUCACCAUCGACGAUGACGAGUACUUUGAUCAUCUCGGACAGCUGGUAGAGCACUACACCCUCGACUCGGAUGGCUUGUGCACAAAGCUGAUGAAAGCACUACCGAAGGAAGAAUUCUGCGUGAAGGACUUCCAGGACAAUGGAUGGGAGAUCAAGAUGGAGGAUCUGCAGCUAAAGGAAAACAUUGGCAAGGGCGAGUUUGGGGACGUAAUGCUCGGCAUACUGAAGGGCGAAAAGGUGGCGGUGAAGGUGCUGAAGGAUGCGGGCCGUGCGUCAAACAAAUUCCUUGCCGAAGCGGGCGUAAUGACUACAUUGGAGCACGAAAAUCUCGUCAAGUUUAUUGGGCUGGUGUUUCACGAUAAGUACAUCUACCUGGUGACGGAGUACAUGAGCAAGGGAUCGCUCGUCGACUAUCUGCGAUCACGCGGCCGGCAACACAUUAGCCGGAAGGAUCAGAUCAAUUUUGCCUAUGACACCUGCUGCGGUAUGGAGUAUUUAGAGACCAAAAAAGUGAUCCAUCGGGAUCUGGCUGCCCGCAACGUGCUUAUUUCCGAGGAUUGUGUCGCCAAGGUGUCCGACUUUGGAUUGGCCCGCGACGAACGGUACACUGGCGACAGUAGUAAGCUUCCCAUCAAAUGGACAGCACCGGAAGCGUUAAAGGAAGGCAAAUUUUCCAACAAAACCGACAUGUGGAGCUUUGGUAUUUUGCUGUGGGAAAUCUACUCCUUCGGACGCGUACCGUACCCACGAAUUCCUUUGGCCGAUGUCGUGAAGCAUGUCGGUAGCGGUUACAAGAUGGAAGCACCGGAAGGCUGCCCACCGGAAAUCUACGAAAUGAUGCGCCAAGCGUGGGAUCUGGUGCCCGAGAAGCGUCCCACGUUUGCGGAGCUAAAGCGCCGCCUGUACAACUGUAAGCGUGAAACAGCCAACACGUACGUCACGUAGAUGCGCGUGCACAGCGAGCUGCAGGAUGGGAGAAACGGGUGCUAAACGCUUUUCCAAUCCAGCUUAUGGGACAACAGUAUAGCGGCAAAGGCAAACGAAGUGGUGUUCUAAGUCAUCGGUAUGACCGAAGGAAGGGCAUCCAGUAGUAAGGCUAAGAACGAAUAUUGUAAAGCAAGUGGGAGAUUUCUUCCAAAACUUCCAAUUUGAUUUUUGAGAGAAUCGCACAAGAAUCGGCUAGCAAAAAUCCUAUCGUCCAGCGUAUGUACAAACGAUACGCCUUUUUUUCGGAACCUUGGGUUUGGUUACACGGGGACGGGGACUCUAGGUGCUGGAAGUAAAUUUCAGUCGCGUUUUGUUGUAUCGUUCUUGUUUGCAUUUCUGUUUUGUGUGAGGGUACAUGCUUGCUUCCACCAUGAGUUGGUCAAACCCCACCGUGUGGAGAACUGUUCAGUUCAGCGCACGGUUGAUACACGUUUCAUUCCCUACAUGCUCGUCCGCGAUAAUUUCCACAUCUUACUGAUUCUAUGUUGUAUGUGUGCGUGUGUGUUUGUGUGGGUGUGUUGUCUAUAUGUAGGCUGUUGCACACAUCAGCUGCAGUGGCCGGGAAUGCAUGGAUAUUUAUUAUUUGUGAUGUUAAUGUUUAUUACCUACCGGUCAGAAGCAACACCUGGGCCGUAAGUAGCUAACACGGUUCUUUUAAAGAAUGAAAAGAUUUGUAUUAUGGCGGCAAAAAGAAAAUGCGCACGAUCCCGGUAGGACGGUGACGGUGGCGUACGCAGCAUCAUGGAACACGUACCAAGCGCGCAGAACUAGGCUCGCAAACAAUUUAAUUAUCAAUAUGAUAUUCAUAUUUGUAAUUUAUUUCCAAUUCCCGUAAUUGUAAUAUGCCUAGCGAACCACUACUUCUGCUGCAGUGCGGUGCGGUGCGUGCGUGCUUACCCGCCACAAAACAGCCAUUUUGAUUCCUUUCAUUUCCAUGAUUUUCCUCCUGAGCGCCUCUCCGGAACUAGUAUGCCGGAAGCGGAAAGUGAAACAGACACUGGUCACGUAUAAAAAAUAGGCAGUAACUGAAACGCGCAAAGCUACGCGCCCCUUGUCUAAGGGCCAAGAUAGAAAAGUCCUCUUAAUUUUAUCACACGAGCGAUGUAAAGCAAUUUAAACCUAAAAGAUGAGUGUGUGACUGCGUUGUGUAAUGUAAAGCAAAACGACGGUAUAUCACAAUAUAUACAACAGAAAUUGUAACGCUUUCCACUUGCUAAAUUCCUAACGUAAAUACUGCUAGUAUUUAAAUCAGAAACAAAGAAUCAAUGCAGGGUUUCUCAGGGCAGUUACUACAUUGUAACGCUAUAUGGCAACAGCAUAAAACGCUUAUUCGACAUCCCGUCAAGCAGCAUGUUUAUAAUGCGUGGUUCGAUGUAAUACUGUUAAAUAUUUAAAUUUCAAAAUCUUUAACACGCUUAUUUCGUACGAUUUCCAUUUUUAAAACUUCAACUUUCUUUUAAAGAUAAGUUUGUUAGGUUUUUAUUGUUCAUGUUGAGAUUUUCUUUUCCUUAAAUCAUUCUUCUUCUUCCUUUUCUUUGGCACCACAACCUCGAAAGGUGUCGGAUUGCCAUUUCUUUCUUUGACUUACAUUUCCCCCCCGUAGCUGGAUAGUCACAGCCCUGCCUACAGGGAGGGGCGGUCUGGAAAGGGAUUCGAUCUCCGGUCUUACCGUGUGAUGAUCGGCGUUGCAAUCGUCUCGGAAAUGAUGUCGAAUGAUGCAGAAUGUAAACAUUGUGUGAAAAAUUACUCCGUCAACUAGGUAUUUUCCUUUGUUGAGUUGGGGUUUUUUCCGAGUUCAAUGUUUAUUUUCCCGUGUUGAGAAUCGCUAAACGAGGUUGAAUUGCAUAUACGAUGAAGGAUUUGCGUUUUAUGCUGUUUACAUAUAGGUGUUACAACUGGCCUGAAAAACCCUGUAAUAGUAAAAUCGAAUCUAAAAAAAAAUCAGUCGACAAACUGUAAAAAGGAUUAGGGCAAAAACAGGAGAAAAAAGAAGAAUCGUAAUGGUUGGUUAAAUUAUGGAUCGUUUUGUUUUAUAAUAUUAUACUUAUUGCUACUACUACUACUACUACUACUACUACUACCACCUAUUAUAUUACUAUUAUUACUGUGUUGCAAAUUUUUAUUCCAUUGGUAUGACUGAGUUCGUGUGUGUGUGUAAGAGUGCGCUAGUAGAGGAUUGAGACGAGCACGCGUUCCAUGCUUGUUUUUAAGGUGAGUCAAUGGUUUUAAGGAUAAAGUGCGGGGGGUAGAUAGAUUUGUUUGUUUACUUACGAUAACGGUUACGUUGUAAAGCAUUUUUAUUAAACAGCUGGAAUCUUGAGUACUUUAAUUGGCCCGCUUAGCAGUGCUUCUUCUUCGGGUAGGCAGCCCUCGUGAGGGGGGUGGGGAGGUGGUAAUUUGUUUUUUGUCUUAAUUUUGUUUUAAUUUGUUGAAGGCUGCCGUGUGUUUCGUUCAAAUCGUUUUGGUUAACUAAUGUUUUAAUCCGGCCCGCGUCUAGUAGCAUGUAAGAAGAAAACCCCAAAACCUACCAGUAGAACACGAUUACAAAUUAUAACGAUUAAAACGGUCGAGGUUACACGACGAGGGAACGCACAAAAAAGAGAGAGUGAUCGCAACAAACGUGGAGCACAAACCCUUUUUUGUCAAACUCAUCAUCUCCAUCCUGCGAAAGCAAAUCGUCUGGUCGACACGUUCUGUUAUGCUGCGGCAUUUUAUUUAUAAACAAUAAGGGCUAGCAAUUAAUGGAACCAUACCACACUCCUACCCACGUCUCUCAUAAUCAUUUAAUCGCACUCGAUUUUUUAAAAGAAACGUACUGUACAUAAUUCUGUAAGGAAGGGUGGGUUCGGUGUGGUUCGGAUUGGGUGACGAAUGAACAGUGUACAGGCAAAAAGAAGGGCAACACAGUGAAACGGUGAAAUCAACUCACCGAAGGCGGGAAGAAGCGAAAGGCAGAAGCAGCUAACGAUUGUGUGUCGUGCGUAAUAAGCGGGAGAAUAGUGUCACCACCAACCUACACACGAUUAGUCGCCGUAGACUGUCAAAGACUAGAAGGAAGGAAAGAAAGAGUAAUAAAAAUGAAAAUAAUAACAUUUAUCAUCCUAUAUAGCCUUGUUACCAUUCCAAAAACAAAAAAAUUAAGCGAGCGUUUCGAAACAUUGUAGCUCGCAACACGUGAAGCUUCUUUUUAAGCGCAUGAAGAAACCGAUCGUGCUUUGAAAGUGAAAGCCAGCCGCAGCCAGCCCGUACUAACGAGAAAACUUCCCGUUCAACGCAACAUGGAUUCAAAGUCCAAACCGAAACCCCCAUAUACAACAAUAUAGGCCAGCUAGAGUGGAGAGACCAGCAGGAGCAAACAGACCGAAAAAAGCAAACGAAAAAUACUACCUACCUGCUGCACACACGUGUGUGAAGUAAAAAGCAAGAGAAAAUAAAACGCCAAAAUAUCAUUACACAUUUAGAUGCGAGUGAAAGUGGUUGGGAAGGAAUCUAAUCAAUACCAUUAGUUAUUGCUAUACGAAAAGGGCUAGAUUUCAGGAUAGCAUUUUACCCGCUGGAUUAGAAUAACGAAUAAAAAAUUUAGCGCCAAACACUAGCAACAGAACACACAUGAGAACAGCCAUUAUAGGAAGAAAACUACAGUGUAAUAUCGAAUGGAAAAUCAUCAUCAAAUUAGAAAACAAAAAUUGCGCCCCAAACCGCCCUAUCGAAGCACAUAUAGAGUAAAACGAAUACAAAACCGCAUAACAACCGAUAGUUCAAAUUUCCAACCGAAAAACAUGUCGCAUGUAUUAGCAUCUAGCGAUGGAAGAUUCAAAUUACGCCAAAAUAUUGCAUUCAAAACAUGGUUACACACUCCGCUAGUAUUUAUGCUGGUCAACGGGAUACUACUACGACGCACAAACCCGAACGAAACAGCCGGGAGGCUGGUCGGACAUAGGCUCAAGCUCCUCCAUCUUAACUUCUCACCGUUUUACACAUUAUUAGUUGCAGGCAGGUUGAUGAAUGUAGGGCAAAAAGCGGGCAAAACUUCGAAAACCAUAAUUACCUUGCUACAGGACAGUAGGAACGAUCCGAAACAGUAUGAUGGUGGGAAUCUGGUAUGGGGUCUGGUCAGGCACGAUAGAGAAGUAUGUACGCGACGCGAAUGUGAGUAUGUGUGUGUGUAUGUGUGUAUCAGAUGACGGGAACUAGGAAAGAAGAGACACAAUCAAUCAACGGUUGUUGCGGGUGGUAAGGCAUAAUGCUGCACACUGAUGCUUAUACAACAACCGAAUCAACCGAAGGUUAAAGUAGGAAAAGAAUGGCGGACACGUGAAACUAUAUUACUAGCAAACGGAGGAGGACGGUGUGUGGACAAGAGUGUGAAAAAAACAAUUAAAAUUCUAUUCAAAAUGGGGUAGAGGAGUGGUGGGCGUCUUCGAAGAACCCCUCGGGUGUAAUGCAAGAGAAAAGUAUAAAGAAAAAUUGCAAAAAAGUAAAACCAAUCAAUACAGUGGGAAAUUAUUCAAGUAAAUAUAAUAAAACAGCAAAAAUCCUUACAAUUUCAA